GUUUAGGGAGCCGUUUUCGAGCUCAUUUCGAGCCGAACGGGCUGGCUCGCGGCUGGAUUGCCACCCCUGGCGAGCUUCCUUUACCCCGCUCUUCAAAACCCUGCCCCCAAAACCCUAAUCGCUCCACCCCUCUCGUCGAUCUCCAUUGGAGCUCAAUCCCCCAUCGUCUCCGUGUUUCUCUAGGGUUUUAAGGGUGGUGGUUUUUAAGCAAGGGGGGAAGAGGAGAGGUGGACGAUGAACUUUAGGAACGUUAGGGCACCCAAUGUCCCGGGAUCGGGGGGUGCGGCGACGCUGCUCAAGGUGGCGCUCUUCGGCGGCUCCGCCGUGUACGCCGCCCUCAACAGCCUCUUCAACGUCGAGGGAGGCCACCGCGCCAUCGUCUUCAACCGCAUCCAGGGCAUCAAGGACAAGGUGUACCCCGAAGGAACGCAUUUGAUGAUACCGUGGUUUGAGAGGCCAAUCAUAUAUGAUGUUCGUGCUCGUCCCCAUCUUGUUGAGAGUACUUCUGGAAGUCGUGACCUGCAGAUGGUGAAAAUUGGCCUUAGAGUCCUUACAAGACCUCUACCAGAGAGGCUGCCUACUAUAUACAGAACCCUUGGCCAGAACUAUAAUGAGAGAGUCCUGCCUUCUAUUAUUCACGAGACGUUGAAAGCUGUUGUUGCUCAAUACAAUGCCAGCCAGCUCAUCACGCAAAGAGAGACUGUUAGCAGGGAAAUACGGAAAAUAUUGACAGAGAGGGCCCAUAACUUCAAUAUUGCGCUGGAUGAUGUGUCCAUCACGAGCCUUAGCUUUGGGAAGGAAUUUACUCAUGCAAUUGAAGCUAAACAGGUUGCUGCACAAGACGCUGAGCGUGCCAAGUUCAUUGUUGAGAAAGCAGAGCAAGACAAGAAAAGUGCAGUUAUCAGGGCUCAGGGCGAGGCAAAAAGUGCCGAGCUUAUCGGCAAGGCUAUCGCAAACAACCCGGCGUUUCUCGCUCUGAGGCAGAUCGAAGCUGCGCGAGAAAUAUCCCACAUGCUUUCCAACUCCACCAACAAGGUUUUCUUGGACUCCAGUGAAUUGCUGUUGAACCUGCAGAAGAUAAAUGUUCAAAGCCCACUCAAGCAGAAGUGAGAGCUCCAUUUUAUCCUCCUGUUUUUCCAGUUCCGACGAACGGAAUUCAGUUGGAAGAGUAAAUCAGUUUGUAUCUUCCAUCAAGGCUGGAGUUUCAGCAUGCUAUCAGCCUUUUUGUUUUCCGGUGCAGAGUUUCAAAAUCCGUUCUGGUAGCAAAUUUGCGGAAAAAUAUUUCUGCUGCAAGGAUUUAAGUGCCCAUCGGCACAGUCUGUGCCUACGGUCUCGUACCGUGUCGAUAAAGUAUCAUCACGAUAUGAUUUUUAUGCUGAUAGCAUGGCUCAAGACAUUCCCUUAUUUUGUAUCAAAUUAGCUAGUAGCUGCUAAUGAAAGUGCAAAGAAUUUGAUAAAAA